UUCUGUUGGUAAAAGUGUGCCUGAAAUCGUGUCAUAAAAUGCUGACACAUUUGUCACUCAGUGGGAUUCUACUGUAAGCGUAAAUGCAAUCCCGAGACUGCCCAGUUUAAGAAGAAGGACUAUACUAAGCCGUGUCCACAACGACCCGAAAAUGGACACCAGAAAGGGACGGCAGGAAAGGAUGGAAGCCGUCCCGGAAGGAAGGCCACGGAGAAUAAGAGUGGCCUCUAGAGGACAAAACGCAGCUUGGCCCGCCCCACGCUUGGCUAGAGGACUGGGAUGUUCCUGGGAUUAGUUACAUUCACCUCUGGUCAGGAUGAGGUCUGAGGCAGAAGCCAGUCCCGCGGCGCUGCUCACCGCCUAGCUCAGGAAGUCAGGGCUGGGAAAAUUGAGCCUAGUCACCCCACCUGGCGACCACAGCGGAUUCGACCCGGGCUCCAGCCGCACCUGCAGCCGCUGACCACGUGACCGCCGCCAGAUCCAUGGAUCAAACACAGAGAGGAAUCCUGGGCCAGCCCGGGCCGGUCCCCACCACCCAGCCCAAGAAGAAAAGGACGUCAGUGAUGUCUUUCUUUUCCAAGGUCUCUUGGACACUGAGGUUCCAGAAGCGGGAGUCUCUGAAGAAUGUGUUUUCCAUCUUGGCAGAAAGAGCCCAGGACCCCAAUGCUAAAAAGCGCCACAUGGCAAUGAGAGGCCUGGGAACCAUGGCCUGUGAGACCCCUGACAAGGUGAGAAAGUAUAAGAAAAUUGUCCUAGACCUGCUGGUGCAUGGAUUGUAUGACCCUGUGAGUGCUGAAGUCAUCCACGAGAGCUUGAAGACACUGACCAUCAUUUUGGGCAAGAUCCAGGGGAAAAGUCUAGGCUCUUUCUUCGUAGACAUCACUCUCCAGACCAGGACUUUAUUAGAUGAUGAGAAUGACAACAUGAGAUACUCAGCCUUCGUCUUGUUUGGCCAAUUGGCGUCCUUUGCUGGGAGGAAAUGGAAGACAUUUUUCACCAGCCAGGUCAAGCAGACUCAAGAUUCCCUCCUGAUCCAUUUACAGGACAGAAAUCCCCAGGUUGCCAAGGCUUGCAAAACAACAUUUCGAGCCUGUUCUCCAUAUCUGAAAGAAAGAAAGGAAACCGGCUUCCAGACUGAAGAAGAUCAAAGGAACCCUAAACUCUGCCGGCAGCUGAGCCACUAUCAUCCCGAGCUCCUGCAGUUCUUCUAUGCAAAUAAGAUUCUGUAAACACAGAGCCACAGGGAAAUUGUUCCAGUGAAGCCAGCCGCCAUGUAAGAAGCCAGAUUACCAGGAACGAAGAAGAAUGUCUGAGAUCAUCGUUUUGGAGGAAAGACCAGGCUAACUGCGUGGGAUGCCACGUGGAGAGCUGAGGAACCCAAUCCACAGUGAAGUCUGAGGUCCAGGCGCAUGACGCACGUUGGCCGUUCCAGCCAGACGCCGGCUAUCCACGUGACCCAGCUAACACCAGCUGUCUCCAUGAAGCCCAUCCCAAAUUGCAAAAUUGUAAGCAAGGGAAUCAAGUGAUUGCUGUUUUAAAUUGCUAACUUCUGGGAUAGUUUGUCACUCGGCAAUAAGUAACCAAAAGAGGUUCCUAAUCACUAAUUUUGUCAUUUGGCCAGUUUUGUUUUGCUCUUAAUAAGUCCUCUUUGAGUUUAAACUAUAUUUCUAGAAAGUUGUAUUAUGAUGGAAUUCUGCGGUGAGAGCAAGGGAUGCCUUUUUUGGACGUUCUUGGACCUUUGGAUGCCUUGUUCUCCUUUUUCUAGCUCACCCUGUGCAUCACAGCGCCCAGCGCGCAGCAGCUGAUCCAGAAACAUUUGCUCAGUGACUAAAUAGUUGCAAAUUGUAGCGGGAACAGCGUCCAAAGUAGUUUGCUACUCUGGGAUCUUAGCCAGGGGCUCACACUCUUCCUUUCCAGCUUUUUCUUCUGUUACUCUUUUUGCUUUAGCCAAGUUUGGCUCCUCUCUCUUUAAACCCUUCUUGGUCUCUUAUGCUCCUUUGCCUUUGUUCAGUCUCUCCUCCUUUUGCUUUGAAUUCCCUCCCCCCAGCCAUGCAUACUCCAGGCACACCCCCACACACAUCUCAGGUGUAUAUCUUCUCUGUACUUUAAGACUGAUCAGGGGCGCCUGGGUGGCUCAGUGGGUUAAAGCCUCUGCCUUCAGCUCAGGUCAUGAUCCUCGGGUCCUGGGAUCGAGCCCCACAUCGGGCUCUCUGCUCAGUGGGGAGCCUGCUUCUCCCUCUCUCUCUGCCUGCUUCUCUGCCUACUUGUGAUCUCUGUCAAAUUAAUAAAUAAAAAAAUCUUUAAAAAAAAAAAAAAAAGAUUGAUCAUUGCCUGAUCCCCUCAAUCAGGAAAGAGCUCGCAUUUCUGAAUUCCCAGAACAUUCUAGCAGUUUUAUGCUGCUUGACAUGUUUGAUCUCUUUGAAAGUUUUUUUUACCUCCAUGUCUUUUUUUCCCCUGGUUCAAGAGAAGCUGCUGAAGGAGGGAUCCUACCCUGUGUAGCUCUGUCACGUGACCUCAAAGGUACUCAGUAAAUGCUUAGUAAAUACAUGUGGAUUGGGGAGGAAAAAGUCCGAAAGUCAUCUGAAGCUACUCCCCCUUGGGAGAAGCCCAUUUUGUGAAAUGAGGACCAUCAUUUCUCUCCUUAUAACCCAUCUGCAGGUGACUUUUAUGCUUGUGUACUUAAGUAACCCUUUCCAUGUAAGAUGCCUGUUAAUUUGCUAAUCUAAAGGUAAGGCUUUGACUUUUUUUUUUUUUUUAAACUUUUAAACACUAGAUAUGCAACAGUUGAGUGAAUUAAAGAAAGAAACAGGAAUAUUCAGGUGCUACCAUGCUAUGAGCUCAGGGUACAGAUCCACAUAAAACAUGGUCCCUACUUUCCCGUUGCCCACAUGAUGGACCUUUCUUAAAGGGAAGGAGAAAGGAGAGAAAGACAAAGAAGGAAGUAGAAAAUCGAACAAGUAAUCAGUACUGGAACUCACUGUGAACAGAACCCAGUGGAAUUCUGGUCCGUAAUGUUGAGUUAUAAAAAGCACGAGUGUGUUUUACAAGGAGAGAAAUAGUAGCUGUGUGGACAGCUAGCAGAUAGUGCUAGAAAUAAGGCAAAUAUGUAUUUGUGCUUUUCUGCAUUUUCCAGGUUUUCAGCAAUAAGCAUGUAUUACUUUUGCAAUCAUAGAACACAUGCAAAAAUUCUCUUUAAAAUAAAAAUGGACUCUGUAUUGGUGUGUCAGGGGCGUGCUGCUUAUUGGUGUGUAAGGCGGCAUGCUUCGGAGAGCCUGGGAUGGUUUUCGCUCACUCUCAGUAGUAUGUGUUUGCCUUUGUCCUUUUGUGACAUUGUCGUUUUAGCCUACUGAUGACAAAUAAAGUGACUUAUGGUUGAUUGUCAGUGUA